UCUCCACUGAGCUCCUCCAGUAAGACGCGCUCCGACACAGGGACUUACUUGAGCCGAGCAGCGCCACCACCUUCUCUGUGCUUCUUCUCUGGGGCUCUGGAGGAGGCCGCCUAGCUGACUGGUACUGUAUCAGGUGGACUGGACAGGCUGAGAGGCUGGGGUCUGACCGGUCUGCUUUUCUGCACCCUUGCCAGCAAGUGAGAGCAGAGAAGGAGUUGGAGGGGGCCUCUUUGCUCAGUGUUGUCGGGUGUGAGUUUGAACAAGGGAUACUGUGCUACAAAAGCUGAACCUCAGCUUCCUCUCGAGUUCCCUCCUGACAAAAGGGGGUCCUUGAUGCUGGAGAUUUGCGGCAUCUAUGUAUUUGGAGUUCUUUUGGCUCUUUUUUUGUCUGAGCGUGCUUGUGUUUUAAGUUUCCACGGGUGAAGUUUGAGCUUGGAAGCCUAUACAGCCAAAGACUGAGAGAGGCUGUCGAAGCCAACUGCACUGCUGACAACCAACUCAAAUGAAUGCCAACAGUAUGCCUAAGCAAGUGGAGGUAAGGAUGCACGAGAGCCACUUGGAGCCCAUCGAGGCUGCUCCGCAGUCCAAAUGUGGCCGUAUAUGCAGCAAGCUCUUCAAGAACCUGCUGCUCACACUCACAGUGCUGGGUGUGAUCCUGGGUGCCGUCUCUGGAAUGCUUCUACGUGUGGCCUCGCCAAUUAAUCCGGACAUUGUCAUGGUGAUCGCCUUCCCUGGUGAUAUCCUGAUGAGGAUGUUGAAGAUGCUCAUCCUCCCCCUCAUCAUCUCCAGUUUGAUCACAGGAUUGGCUGGUUUGGAUGCCAAAUCCAGUGGCCGUCUGGGCACCAGGGCCAUGGUCUACUACAUGUCCACCACCGUCAUCGCCGCCAUCUUGGGUGUGAUCCUGGUGCUGGUCAUCCAUCCUGGAAACCCCAAGAUGAAGGAGCAGCUGGGAGAGGGUCUCGUCCAUGAUGAGGUCUCCAGCCUGGACGCCUUCUUCGAUCUCAUCAGGAACCUGUUCCCUGAGAACCUGGUCCAAGCUUGCUUCCAGCAGAUCCAGACAGUUGUGAAGAAGGAGGAGGUCCUCCCGGCCGAGGUGAACAGCACACUGGACGACCUCCUCUCCAAUGCCACCAAGGCCCCAGCCGUUUUCGUCACCAAAAAGUCACUGCAGUUCAAGAGCGGGAUGAACGUGCUGGGCCUGAUUGGCUUCUUCAUCGCCUUUGGAAUCUGCAUGGGGAAGAUGGGCGAGAGGGCCCGCCUGAUGCUGGAGUUCUUCAACAUCCUGAACGAGAUUGUCAUGAAGCUGGUCCUCAUGAUCAUGUGGUACUCUCCCUUCGGUAUUGCCUGCCUGAUCUGUGGCAAGAUCAUCUCCAUCAGUGACCUGGAGGUGGUUGCCAGGCAGCUGGGGAUGUACAUGGUGACGGUCAUCGUCGGCCUCAUCAUCCACGGAGCCAUCUUCCUGCCCUGCAUUUACUUCGCCAUCGUGAGGAAAAACCCCUUCACCUUCUUCAUGGGCAUCUUCCAGGCUUGGAUCACAGCUCUGGGAACAGCCUCGAGCGCUGGAACUCUGCCGGUUACCUUCCGUUGCCUUGAGGAGAACCUGGGCAUCGAUAAGAGGGUGACCCGCUUCGUCCUCCCUGUCGGCGCCACCAUCAACAUGGAUGGCACUGCCCUCUAUGAGGCUGUGGCCGCCAUCUUCAUUGCCCAGAUGAACGGCAUCCAUCUUGACCCUGGCCAGAUUGUCACCGUCAGUCUCACUGCCACCCUGGCCAGUGUAGGGGCGGCCAGUAUCCCCAGUGCUGGGCUGGUGACCAUGCUGCUGAUCCUGACAGCUGUGGGUCUCCCCACCCAGGACAUCAGCCUGCUGGUGGCAGUCGACUGGCUGCUGGAUCGCUUCCGUACCUCAGUAAACGUGGUCGGUGACUCCUUCGGUGCCGGGAUCGUGUACCACAUGUCCAAGGCGGAGCUUGAUGCCCUCGAUGCCCAGCACGGCAAGUCGGACGACAUCGAGAUGAUGACCAAGACCCCGUCCUACUACGACGACCUCAAGAACCACCACGAAAACAACUCCAACCAGUAACCUCGGCCACAAACGGGUCAACUGCUGCGGAGUACACACUUGUUGAGGAGGAACCGUGGAAAAAAGAAUAAUGCAAGCACACACAUCCCCAGCACCUGAGCCCACAAGCUUUCCUAUUGGGUGAAAAAAAAAAAGAAAAUGGAAAAAAUGUUCAAUUCAAAUGGAAAAAAGUACUGUUUUUAUUUUAGUUUUACUGUUGUUGAUGUUGUUCUUGUUCUUAUUGUUGUUGUUGAUGAUGAUGAUGUUUCUUUUUUUUAAUAUUCCCUUUUUUUAAAAAAAGAAUAUUUAACAAAUCAUCUGGCUGACUGAAAACUAAUACUAAUUCUGAAACAGAGAUAUUAAUACUCCAUCUGAUAGAGUUCUAAUGUGUGUGCAGUAGAUAACUCUUGCACAAUGGACAUCAAGGCUCGGGAGGGUUUAAGUAAGGGAAGAAAAAAAACGAAUAUCAAAUAUCUACCUUAAAUUAUUCACAAAUAUAAUAUAUAUGCAUACUGUAGACGUGGUUGCUGUGACAGCAUGUCGGUGAGGGGGGAGAGAGAGAGUCCAAGGUGAGGGGAAGGCAUUUGCUGCAUCCCCUCACCCCCAGCCCACUCUGACCUUUAACCUCCUGUUACAUGUUGGGUGAACAAGCAAUAGCCUGCUGCUUAGAGAGAUCUGCCCCCUUUGGCCACUUAAGGCCCUUACCUCAUCACACCCAACAACGCCCCCACCCCUCCCCCAUCCACUCCUGCCACCUGACACAUGCACAAACACAUACACCUACACUCUCUCUCUCUCUCAAACACACACACACACACACACACACACACUUGGCAAGAGUGAACAGGCACUGAUGAACUGAUCAAUAAGCAACCCCACCCCCUAGAGUCCCAAUUCAUCUUCUCUCCUCUCCCUGAACUUUAUCUCCGUACCUGGAAACAGCUACCCCUCUCUCUCUCUCUCUCUCUCUCUCUCUCUCUCUCUCUCUCUCUCUCUCUCUCUCUCUCUCUCUCCAGGAUUACCUCUCUCCACACUUCUCUCCUCACCUCUCCUCUCUUUCCACCUCUUUAGUCCUCAGGUCAGGUCAUCUUCUCUCCUCCCUCUGGUCCAUUUUUCUGUCCCUUCUUCUUCUUCUUCUUCUCCUGAUGGUCCCUCCCCCCUUCUCGGCUGUUUGUUGCCAGAGGGAUACACGGGGCGUUUGUGAAACUAGAGUGAAUACUGAUGCAAAUCUUAACUGUGUAGUUAUUAUGACCUAUGAGAAUGAUGAUGUAGGCUGUGGCAUGUUGGCCUUAGAUGCAUGUUUUGGGACCAAGCAAGAGCACAAAUGAUCGAUCUAUGUACCUAUCCAAGUCAGAAAACAUUGGGGGGGAAAAAAACACUUUUAGAGAGAUUACCUUAUGAUUCAAGCACAAUCUUUUGGCUGUUUACUGCUGAUAAAGCACAUUCUCUCCUCCAAUUUGAAGGCAGUUUUGCCUUUCCCAAUCAGAAUGCUGAGCACUGCCUAAGACUGUAAGUACAGUCAGUUAGAACAGAGACUAGAUCAUAUCAAAAGUGCCAAUCGCUUUUGUCGCUGGAUCUGUGAAGGUCGCAGAGGGCACGCAGUUUUGUUCUGUAACCUCAAAAGUGGCAUCUUCUCUCUUUUUUUGUUGCUAUUGACAUGCAGGGCAGAGAAACAAUGCGUGCUCCAAACAAAACAUAAUGUCUCUGAGCCAAAAUUGUUUAGACCAUAAAAAACGAUCCCAAAGGAUCCUGAACACUCCAGCUGUGUGGUGGACAGAAAUACCUACACUCUGAAACCCACAGCUGUGUGCUCUCACCAGCUGUUUAUUCACAGUCUUACAAUUGCCAAAAUGCCUAUUGCCUUUAUAUAUAUCCAUGCAUAUAUAAUGCAGCUUACAUGACAUUUAAUAUAUUGACUGUUUACAGACCAUUAAAAUUUAUUUAACUAAGUAUAUUGUAAGGGAAAAAAAGACAACUCAACUUUUUAAAAUGGAGAUAUGAAAAGCACACAGGACAGGGUCUUGUCAAGGGUAGCAUUCCACUAUCAUUUCCUUGAGAUCUUUUCCUUUUAAAGCACACAGAUAAAUGGUUAGACUUGAAAAUAACUGCUAUAGAGCUGCUGUACAUUUACACAGAACCAAUUAAUAUCGCACAAAUAUCGAGCUCACUCUCAAAAAAUAUAUACACCUCAAGUGAAAGAGGCCAUUUUUACACGUACCAUACAGAUUCUCCACGAGGGUAUUUAUCCUCAAAUUCUUGAGCCUUGAACUUCAUUCCUCGACUGUUCUCACCGCCCCACAAUGCUGCAGCAUAUACCGGCUACACUCAAGUCAGCGUCGGCCUGGAUCAGGGAGCCCAAAUCGGCUGAGCUGUCAACUCAAGCUCUUGCCACGGAAAAGUCUUUCCCUCUCAAGGAACCAAAUGGUGAAAGAUUUGACAUACAUACAUACAUACAUACAUACAUAUGCACACAUACAGCUAUAAUAACACUGGGUAAAUUUGAGUGCUGCGCAGGAGACUUAUCUGAACGUUCUCAAGGUACGGAUUUGGUUUGAUGUUCAGUGUAUGUUUUUUUUAUGUUUGUUUCAUUUCGUUUUUCUCUGCGCUCACUCGUCUUUGUUCGUCUCUGCUCUGUGACGACCUUGCCUUGAAGUUGUUAACCACAUUAUGUACGGUCGAGGCAUCUCUAGAUCACACUUUUUAACAGUAGUAGGCCUAGCCUAAAGUCUAACUCUGUCUUUGAGGAGUCGGGGGAGCGUCGUCACCCUCCCAUCAACUGUGCUCCCCUUUCUCCCUGAGCCUCUCCGGAGGGCUCGGGAGGUACAAUGUCCACACGUAUUCCUGGGCAUUCUUGCCGUGUAGAUACUGUACCGGUAACCGAGUGACCACCAGAUCUUCGCGGCACCUAAAAGUGAACGUAAGUCUCGUGAGUGUGAAUGUGAGCGUGCUAACAGCAGCCGCCAUUUAGACAAGGGCCAGUAUAACGCUCACACAACACAAGCCCUGUGUGUUUAUUGACAAAACCGGGGCGACGCAAUAGGCCGCUGAGGUGAGCUCAUCAGUGUAGAUGCAUGGACCUUUUUUUCGUUCUGUUCUCUUUUUGGACCAGUUUUCUGAGAAGCAUGGAAUUGAAGUGCCUCCUUGCACUUUGUGUACAUAUUGUAGGUAACUGAUUUUAUUUUUCGGCGAGGGGACAUGUAGAAAUAGUUUAUAAUUGAUGUGACAUUUUUUUUGUAAUCCUAUAGGAAUAUAUAUCUUAUAUGUUCUUCAGAAAAAUGAAAUAAAUAGAUCAGAAGUGUAUAGAUCAGAAAGUGUAAUAAACUGUUUUGUUUUUAUUUCAUUUUACAUCUCUAUUCCUAGAUGUUUCACUUAGCUGUUACAUAUCCAAUAUAUAAAUAUCUUUUUUGUAUCUAAUGAAUGUUUUGAAUGUUUGGUCCCUUGAAGAUAAAAUGUUGUGUGUGCAUUCAUUUUCAUUGUACAUAAAUAUAUAUAUGACUUGCUCUGUUGAAUUUCAAUGCAGAAUGUUCUGGAAUUUGGGCAUGACUCAAUCAGAAUUUAAACCAAUUGGAAGACAGAAAACACAUCACAUAGUGCAGUUGCACUUGUUGUCCAUUUGGAGUGAUUUUACUUCGCUUGUGGAAUGUGGUUAUUAUCCUGUUAUGUACCAGCUCUUAAGCACAGAUGUCGAAGAUUAAAAUUUAUACGCUGUGUACGUAAAACAGAAAUAAAAAAUGUCACUACUGUUGUCCGUUCUGAGUAAAUACUAACCGGAACCACUGAGAAAGCUUAUACAACUGUGAGCUUAUCUCCUAAAGAGUGCAGCUCACAAUAUGGUAGAUAACAAGUACAUGGCCUUUCUAAAAAAUCACCCCACAAUGUGUCAGCAUGCAGUUCAAAUCAUAAGGGCAUGCUUGUUUGUUUUUGCUGCAAGCAUGAACUGUCACACAUACUCAGUUACUCUUCGGGCCUAACAUUUAAGCAGGAUGGAGAUAAUAUUCUUGUAAAGAGUUGACCCUAGAGUCGAUCAAGAGCAUAUCAACUUUUUACAGGAACACAAAAAGUCAGCAGUUCUAACAUUGCCCCUCUGCCACCCCAUGUGUUUUGGUAUGUGCCAGCUCUCACCAGGGGCAGGCCCAAAAAAACAGAGCUUCACACCGUUAAAAGACAAUUGGAAUUUUAGGGCAUGUGACCAAAAACAAGGGCCAGUAAGAAAACCAAUUAGUGACAUGCUGUUUGUCUUAUACACGAAGACCCGUUGAGUUAGCCUGCUAACCUGCCUGACCUCGACUCCUAUCUCUGUGUCCAUGUGCAGACCUCCCCUCCGAUACAAGUCCUCUGUGUGAAACCCUUUGCGUCAUUUUCAUCCAUGUUGAAGAUGACUGGGUUGGGACAGAGUAGAAAACAAAUGUGUACAUGAACACAAUAUAAUAAUUAAAAAAGGAAACAACUACAGUUUUUUUUUCUUUAUCAGACCUGUGGUAUAAAAUUCCAUGUUCAUACAUAUCAGUAUGUGUUGUACCACUGGUGUACAUACAACUAUGAUAACUAAUAAAUGUUGAUUCAACUAA